UAUUAAUUUGUUCAUGAAGCAUUUAUUAAGUUUGGAGCUAUUACAAGGACAAAGAGCAUUGUUUUUUAAUUUGAAAAAUCAUCUCAUCAACAAAUGCACCAAACCAUUAACAUCUGAAAAAAAAUCCAGUUGACUUUACCUCACUCCCACCAUUUUGGACAACUGUACAAAUCCUCAUCAUCUCCUCCCUCACAAAAAAAUGAAAUUAAUGUUUUCCAUUGAAUGUCCGCGACUCAGAAAUUUGAAUGAGUUUAUCAGAUUGAUCUGCGAUCAGCUGAGUUCAUUAAUAUCAACUCACAGUUAAAUAUCGCCUGCGCACUUCACGUGACCAUGAAAUAAGGCACGUUGGAGGUCACUGCGCGUGCGCAGAGCCAAGAUUACCCCACAUGUGACCAUGUUCCGACAGAAAAUGACUUUCUUCCCCCACUUCGACGCCAUUACACUCAACAGCGUACGCCCCACCAUGUGGCUGAAGGGAGAUGAUGCCUCGGUAGGACUAUGAUUGGUGAUAAGCAUUGGUGGGCCGUAGAUAGAGUCCCGGGUGCGAAAUUGGUGGUGUGUAUAGCUUCCCCGGCCUGACAGUCAACGCACGUGUUCAUUCCUGAGCCAUCAGAAGACUCAUUGAUCGUUUUUUCGAGGGUCUACUGAGUGUCAGCUGAUCAAUUAUGGUCAUGGAGGCUGUGGAAAGUCCAGCAGACAAAAUAAAACACAUAAAAACGGGAAUCAUUGACUUUGUCGCCGGCUCUCUUGGUGGAAUUGCCCUCGUUUAUGUCGGACAGCCCCUCGACACAGUCAAGGUCAAGAUGCAGACCUUUCCCGACCUGUACAAAGGGAUGACAGACUGCUUUCUCAAGACAUUCAGACAGGAUGGAAUAGCCAGAGGUCUCUACGCUGGCACUGCUCCAGCAGUAGUGGCUAAUGUCGCUGAAAAUUCAGUCCUCUUCGCUGCUUAUGGGGCAUGUCAGAGUGCCAUUGCACAUCUUAUGGGGAAGCAAAAGGUUGAGGAGCUUAAUACCUUUGGAAACGCAAGUGCAGGCUUUUUUGCUGCUUUUUUUUCCUCGUUGACAUUGUGUCCAACAGAGCUCAUCAAAUGUCGGUUGCAAGCUAUGAGGGAAGUGCAGUCGUUGGAGGUCAAUGCUGGGAAAAAAAUGAAACGAAUAGGACCAUGGGGUCUAACAAGGGACAUAAUCCGUCAGAGCGGCUUCACCGGAUUGUUCCGGGGACUGUCGUCAACGAUAGCCCGAGAGAUGCCGGGGUACUUCUUCUUCUUCGGCGGAUACGAGGCCACCAGGGAACUACUGGCAAAACCAGGCCAGAGUCGAGAGGACAUUGGGUGGCAGAAGACUAUGGUGGCUGGUGCUGUUGGUGGUACUGUGCUGUGGCUCGUCAUCUUUCCUGCUGACGUCGUGAAAAGCCGAAUACAGGUCCAAAAUUUAUCAGAACCGGCGCUAGUCAUCAUGAAAGAAAUCGUGAGGAAAGAGGGAGCGGGUGCUCUCUACAAUGGGCUGAAGCCAACCCUUAUCAGGACGAUUCCAGCCACUGCCACUCUCUUCGUGACAUACGAAUACUCGAGGAAGUACUUACAGUCACUCCUGGAUGUUUGACAUAAUUUCGUCAUUAGUCUUAAUUUCCUUGAGUGAAAUUGACAUAGCGCAUGUUCAUCUCGUCGAUAACAUCUUCAAGAGGAAAUGAAAAUUAAUUCUCUAGGUUGAUUUUCUCACUCGUGAACAAUGGAAUUGAUUGAAUACUCGGUGUGCAUAAAAUUUUCUAUUAAUUAUGCAUUUCUCGAGUUCAAUACUCCAAUCCCAACCAAAAUUCGUGACGGAGAUUUUUUCUAUAGAAACCAUUCGAUUUCUAAAAGUCAGAAAUAACAAAUCUAUAAUUCGAAUUCCAUUGUUGGAUUUCAUUCUUUUCAAUAAAAUAAUUACACGAAAUAAAUGACCAUUUGUACAAACAUGUAACACUUAAGAAGAAAUAUAUUCUUUAUUGUUAA